GCAAGUGGUGAGAUGCGUUGUCAAAAAUUCGAACUAUAACAUUGAAAAAAGUAAUUAAAUAUGUAAAUUUAAAUAUCUCAUAAGAAUUUGAAAAAUGUAUUGGUACAAUCUUCAAUACUUAUUUUUGUGUGGUUGACAGCCAUGAUUUCAAUGUCACAUAAUACCCUGAACAUGACCUUUUUUCUCGUUAGUAGCUUGUGGCCUACAAUUCACUUACUUUAGCCAUUAGAAAUCAACAAGCAUCCCUUCGCUUCAACUAACAACGAAGGCCGCGAAUAAUCACCUAAUCUCAGUCUUUAAAUGAAUGUCGACUAGUGUGGAUUGAAGCCGAAUCACGGCGAACAAGAUUUUGACUCACUUGAAGCAAAGUGAAGAAGAGUGCAGCCGAUCAUGGCAGUUGCAGGCCAUUCAGGAUUUAUGCUGCAAACCAUGCUGUUCAUGGUGAACCAUCCCUGGAACAACAGUUUGCAUCGGACGAUUCAUAGUGGGACAACAUCCACGAGUUUCAAUGAGGAAUCUCGUUGCUACGGAGUCUACGGAUGUUUCUCGCUGGGUUACCCAUGGGUUGAUGAGAUGCGCCCCAUGGUCUACCCACGAUCUCCGGAACAGUUGAAUGUACGGUUUCCAGUUUACAACAAAUAUGCUCCAUAUACACCGAAGUACGUGGACGUUGACGAUCCGGAUGGGGUUCAGCAGUUGGGCAUUGAUCGCAAAGGGUGCCUGUAUGUCAUCGCUCAAGGGCAUAUCACCUCGGGGACGGAACCUUGGGUUCAACGGCUUGUGAACACUCUUCUACAAAACGACCCCCACGGUACGUCAUCCAUCAUAACCGUAGACUGGCGAAAGGCCUCGACCCUUGGCUACACCCAGCACGCAUCAGACAUCCGCGUAGUGGGCGCCAUUACUGCCCACAUGAUCCACAUGAUCUACGAGGAAACGGGGAUGCCAAAUCUGGACAAGGUUCACCUUCUGGGUCACUCGGUGGGAGCGCAUCUCUGCGGCUACGUUGGCUAUCACUUGCAGAAGGAUUUUGGCCUGCAGUUGGGUCGCAUCACCGGGAUGGAUCCGGCCGAGGAAAUGUUCUUCGGCGCGGAUCCGAUCGUGCGGUUGGACAAUUCGGACGCGAAGUUCGUGGACGUCAUCCACGGGCGUGCGGAAAUCUAUCAAUCGAUUGGACACGUUGAUUUCUAUCCGAACGGGGGACACGAUCAGCCAGGAUGUAACGAGUCGAUGCGGGAUCACAUCUACCAGAACCAAGAUCGCAGCUGCGAUCACAUGAGGAGCCCCGAUUUGUUCAUCAAUGCCGUUCGAAGGAACUGUUCAGCCGUAGCCAUUGGGUGCCAGUCGUUUGAGCAGUUUUUGGCCGGUGAUUGCUUCGAGUGCAACGAGGACGGACAUUAUUGCAUCGACUUUGGGCUUAAUGCUUGGAAUAGCUAUCGGGGGUUGAUCGAAAACGGAGUUAUGACUGUGCCGGGACAAGUGCGAGCGUUUAUGAUCACUGGAGAGGAUGAAUCAUAUUGCAGAAACCAUUUCAGAGUGACGCUACAUGUCUCGGACGGCGAGGAAAGCCUCGUCCACGGGGGUGAAAUCGGCAAAUUGGCUGUGGAAAUCAUCGGAAAACACCGAAACCAUUCCGGUUUGAUGGAGCUCUCCAAGAAUCCGCUCUAUUUCGAGCCUGGUAAAAGCUAUUCCUCUGUGGUAGCCGGGAAGGAUGUCGGAAUUCCGAAACGGGUGCUCCUGACCUGGGAGUACAAGAAGCAUCCAGGACACUCGCGGAAAAACUGGCAAGUGACGAGAACGCCUCGAAUCUAUGUGGAUCAUAUUCUCGUGCAGAGUUUGGGGCACCGAUCAUGGCAAAAGUUUUGCCCUCCCAAUCGAGAACCGGUGAAAGCGAUUAACGAGGAUUACGUGCGGAAUCCGGUGAAUGAAUUUAGGGAGGAAUAUUGCAGAUAAGUUUAACAAAACGUAAUUUUAACAUCGGUGAAAUGUAUCAAUUAUUUGUUAGUAUAAUGGAUGAAAUUCCAAGCCUAAACCAAAUAACCAAAUAGCUAAAUAACUGUUGAAUGGGACGAUAUACAUAGGUAUCUAAGAUUAAGCAAUAAAUAACUUUUUAUUUAAAAUGACUAAACUGCCGUGUGCAGCAUAGUCGUCCCAUUUUAAUAG